AUGGCGGACGAGGUCACUGACAGUCCCGUCUCCACCCCCUUGGAGGAGGUGAAUGAAAAGAAGGACGACUUGCUGGUCAAGGAGACUGCAGACAUCCACGAUGUGGAAGUCGCCCCGGGCUUUGUCGCGGAGGCGGACCUCAAGGGAGAUUACAAAGAUCUUCCCAUCGGAGAGGGUAUUGUCCCUGACGAUAAUGACGAGUUCAUCGAUCCUCGUCUGAAGGACUAUCCCAUUCCUUUGGUGGCUAAGACGGUAGAUCUUCGCAAUGACCCGACUUAUGCCAUCCAGUUGCUAUCCUGGGGCAUGGGUGAUGCCAUGGCUCGGUAUUUACCCACGAGGCAAUUCAGCUUCUUUGGAUGGAAGUGGUCGAUGAAUCCAGGCCCUUGGAACGCUAAGGAGCAUGCACUUAUUGUUGUGGCCUACUGGGGUACUAUCGGAAUGGGACCCUUGUCUGCCAUCGAACUCUACUACGGUGAAAAGCUCAACGCUGGGUGGUCCAUGUUCUUCUUGUUAGCUUCCCAGAUGAUCGGAUAUGGCUUCGCGGGUCUCUUCCGUGAUAUCCUGGUUCGACCCCCGAAGAUGUAUUAUCCCGGAGUGUUGCCCAACGUGGCACUGUUCAAUGCGAUGCAUCGCAACCCAUCCGUAACUAAAAAAGCCCUCAAGUACUUUGCCAUCAUCGCAUCUAUCACGUUUGUGUAUGAGUGGCUCCCAGAGCUCAUUUUUCCUCUUCUGGGCUCUCUUCCUUUGAUUUGUUGGUUUGGCCAUGGCAACUGGAAAGCCUUUAUCCUGGGCUCGGGUACCUACGGAUUUGGUAUUCUGGACUUGUCGCUUGAUUGGAACUAUAUCACCUUCAUGUAUCCAUACUAUACACCGCUCUGGUCUAGUAUGAACCAGUGUAUCUUCGUCAUUUUCUGUAUCUGGAUACUCUACCCCGCCAUCUACUUUACCAACACCAUGAACGCACAGAACUUUGCACCAAUGGACACAGAUACCUACACCGUCAAUGGCAGCACCUACGAUGUUUCGGCCAUUGUUGGCUCCAACUUAGAGGUUAACCGCACUGCGCUGGCUGAGUACGGAUCCCCUUACUGGGCCCCAUCAUAUGUGUUUUACUGGUUCUGGACCUUCGCCGCCCUUACAGCGUCUAUGACCUACGCAAUCCUGUGGUACGGUAAAUCAGGCUGGGAGGAUUUCAAGAACGCCUGGAACAAUAAGCGCAGCGACUAUGAUGAUCCCUACCUCAAGCUCAUGUCCUUCCAAAAGCGGGUACCCCACUGGUGGUAUCUUAGUCUGCUUGGAAUAUGUGCAGUGAUCGCUAUUGCUCAGGGCUACGAAGGGAACAUGAAGCUUUCCGCGUGGGGCCUCAUCGUU